AUGAACACCACAAGGGUAGUGGAAUUUGUCCUCCUGGGGCUGAUCAACAGCCGCUAUUUGGAGAUUUCCCUCUUUAUGUUUCUUGUGAUUGCUUACUUCUUGAUUCUGCUUGGAAACAUCACUGUCAUCAUCAUCACUCUUGUGGACCAGUGCCUUCAGACCCCAAUGUACUACUUCCUCAGGAAUUUUGCCCUUUUGGAAAUCGCUUUCACUUCCACGUUCAUCCCAAGUACUCUCUACAGCCUUCUGACAGAGAGGAAUAUAAUUUCUCUGUCUGGUUGUUUUCUUCAGAUGCUGCUUUUCUUUUACUUAGGCACCUGCACAUUUUUCCAUGUGGCAACAAUGUCUUUUGAUCGUGUCUUUUGCCACCCUUUGCAUUGCAAAGCCAUUAUGAACAGCAGGUUUUGCCUCCAACCGGUCCUGGCUUGCUGGGCAGUGAGUUUCCUCUUGAUGUUUCCUCCCACUAUUAUGAUUGUCCAGUUGCCGUUCUGUGGUCCCAAUGUCAUGAACCACUUUUAUUGUGAUACCUCUCUGUUGUUGCAGCUGUCCUGUACAGACACAGAUUUCAUCGAAGAAUUGAUGCUGAUCAUAAUAAUUAUCAUCAUACCUGGUACGUUAAUAAUAACUACCAUUUCCUAUGGCUGCAUUAUUGUAACCAUCUUGUAUAUCCCAUCUUCCACAGGUAGGAAGAAAGCAUUUUCCACUUGCUCAGCUCACCUCAUGGUGGUGAUGAUAUUUUACAGUACCUGCAUUUACAGGUAUAUCCGCCCAGCACAGCGAGGUGGGCAGCAUUCUGACAAAGUUCUUUCUUUCUUCUUUUCUGUGGUGACUCAGAUGCUUAACCCAUACAUCUACUCACUCAGAAACAAUCAGGUCAAAAAAGCCUUAAAGGGGAGCGUAUUGAAGGUAUUUUCUAGCUCCUUGAGGCAGUCAUGA